CUCCUCGCGGCGCUCGGCUCGCCCGGCUCGCUCGGUUCGCUCCGAGGGGUUGAUCUCGCGCCCGGCGUCCUGUUCGUGUAUCCGCACGCCCGCCGCCCAGCCUCUCUCUUCCCUCGCCUCGUCCUUAUCGCCCCCGGAGCGGCUCCCGAGCCUCGUCGCAGCGCCGGCCUCGGCCGCCAAGAGGACCGCGUCAAAAAAAAAAAGCUCGUCGCCCAUGGGCGCCGACCCAAGCCCCGGCCGCGGCCUCCGACCGAACCGGCGUCGCCGUCGACGGGAUCCUGGGCGCGGGUGGUGACGAGCGACAGGCGCCAUGCCCCGGCGCGGGCCCCCCGGAUACGGCCCGGCGCUGCUCCUGGGACUCGCGCUGCUGCUCGGACUCACAGAGCCGCUGGCCGCCCUCAAGGACAUGCGCAUCGUGCUGCCCGUGGCGGCGCGGGUGGGCGCGGCCGCACAGCUGUCCUGCCUGUACGACCUGGAGGGCUCGCAGCUCUACUCCAUCAAGUGGUACCUGGACGACUCCGAGUUCUACAGCUUCGUGCCCAAGGAGCAGCCCGCUACGCGUCUCUACCCCGAUCAUGGCAUCUCCGUUGACCUGGCGCAGUCAAACGCCUACAACGUCACCCUGCUCAACGUGACGCGCUCGCUGGCCGGCUUCUACAAGUGCGAGGUGUCGGCCGACAUGCCCUACUUCCACACCGGCAUCCAGACCGGCUACCUCCGCGUGUUCGAACCGCCGAGCAGGAAGCCGGAGCUGACCGUGGAGAAGCUGUCCGCCGGGGUGGUGCGUGCCAACUGCUCCACGACGGCGUCUUUCCCGGCGGCCAACAUCACGUGGUUCGUCGACAACCGGCCGCACACUGCGCCGACCGUGCACUUCCACGCGGUGGGCCCGGCGGGCCCGGGCCAGGUCCCCGGGGCGGCGGGUCCCUCGCUGCCGCCCCCGGGCCCUCCGCCGGACCUGGACGAGUGGAGCAGCAGCUCGCUGCGGGUGGAGCUGAGCGCCAAGGGCCCGCGCGCGCUGCGCUGCCGCGCCUCCAUCCUGGACGUGUGGGCCGAGUCCUCGGACGAGCUGCCCCUGCGCGGGCCCGGCGACCACCCGCAGCUGGCGCCCGUGAGGGGCGCGGCCAACGGCGCAUCCAGCGGCCCAGGGCCGGCGAGCAGUCGCAGCGCCGUGACGCUGCUGGCGUUGGUCGCGCUGGUCGCGCCCCUGCUCGGGCCGCGGCCCGCCUGCUCGGCGGCACACAGGACGAGGUAGCGGCAGCGGCACCGUCAACAAGACCAGUGAAUGUGUAUCGGCUCAUCCUAUUGGCUCAAAAUUAUUGACUCUAGAAACCAAUUGUUCCCUCGCUCGCUCCGAGAGGGGAGAAAGAGGUUCCGGGCAGCGGAGUGUGUAUGUGGGGAAGGAGGGGGGAAGGGGCGGGCAUACAUGAGCCAAAGUCGUGAAUAUAGUGAUAUUGACAGUUGGAAUCCCAGGCCGGGGCGCUCAGGGGGCCUACUAAAAGGCUCUCCGAGAUAGCCCCCGCGGGGGUAAGCGUAAGCCCUCGGCGGGGGGUAAGCUCCGGGUAAGCCCCGCCGCGGGUAAGAGUGUUGGCCUCGCGGUCCCCUGGCCGGGGACCCCUCUGGGGGACCCCCAGGUGGUGGCAAAGGGAUGAUCAAAUCAAAGACUUUGCCGAUUUCCUUUGCCCCCGUCCCCAUCCGCUGCCUACGCCUUUUUUGUCGAAUGCUGAUGUGAUGUAAAUAAGGAUUAUUGUAAAAAUGUAUACAUUUGUUGUCUCCUCCCUUUCGAUGUUGGGAGGGGGGAGUGUGUGUUUGUGUGUGUGUUUGUGUGCACACAUGUGUGCGCGCGUGAGAGUUGUUUGGAAGUAAUGGGAAACGUAAAGUUGUUGGUCGAAGGAGUUGUGGUAUUUUCCUAUUGGCACAGGGUUGCUUCUGUCGCCCGUAGUCUUCGACUUUGGGUGGGCGCGCGCCGGGUCGGCCGGAAUGUUGGUAGUCUCUAUUUCUCUUCAGUUUCAGAGAUUUUCGGCAAAAUCCUCAUACGUCCUACAAUCUGUAUAAUUUAAACGCAUGCCGCCGAUUGUACUAAAAUAACAGAUAAAAACUAGAUUUGAUGUGUCCAUUUUAAAAUGUAAAUGCCUAUUUUCUAAUUGCUUUGAGAAACGACUGUUUGGAAAAAUACUAUGUGCGUUAAAAGAGAGAAAUGUUUUGUUGUUUUAUUAUUAACCGAAGCGAACCGGAAGGUGACGACUGUAGAACAAAAAAUAAAACACGCUUUUCUGAAUGUUA